GCCGGGCCCGGGGAGGUUCGGCGCGGCAGGAGGGCAUGUUAGCAGUGGGUCCUUGUCACCGUGGUUUUUUUCACAGCUGAGUAUGUGGACUUGCUCAGAAAGUGCUGCUGCUGAAGAUCAGCUUGCAACUUUACAGUCGUUACGAAAACAGCUGAGGAGAACUGAGAAAAGCCUCCAAACUGUAGAGGAAGAGCUUUACAGCACUAGUACAAGUGAACGUUGUGGUCAGUGCUUCAACGAGGCUGUAGACUUCACUUUGGGGGACCUUGUUGAGCCCAAUUGCAACUAUCAAGUUUCCUCCAACUGUAAGAAUGCUGGUAAAACAUCUUGCCAGGAUUUUCAAAGAAAUCCCAAAUCUUACUCAGUGGCUACAGUUUCUGAUAGAACUGUGGAAGAAAACGAACGUCUUAAGGAGAAGCUGGAUGCCCUUCAUGAGCAAAAUGCAGCUUUGACUUCUCAGAAUCACUACCUAAAGACAAGAAUGGAAAAAAUGAACUUGGAAUUGAUGCAGUCAAAUACAAGAAUUUCGUAUCUCGAAGCAACCCUAGGUACACAUUUAGAAAGCAUUCCAAAGCUGAAAGAACAGAUUGUGAACUUGGAAGCAGAGGUUUCAGCUCAAGACAAGAUUUUGAGAGAUGCAGAAGAUAAACUAGAUCAAAGCCAGAAAACAGAAAUGGAAAGAGAAAGCAUGUUACAAAGAUAUAAAAAGGACUAUAAGAAUCUGAAAAUUGAAUUAAUUGAACGAAGCAAGCAAGGAAAGAGAGCAGAACAGCAAAGAAAUGAAGCUUUGUUGAAUGUGGAGGAGCUGACAAGAGCGUUCAAAAAGUAUAAAGAGAAGAUGUCUGAAAAACUGGAUAAGGUUAAAGCUGAAGAAGUAGCCUUGGGAAAACGUUUAAUUAAUUGUGAAAAAGAAAAAGAGGAGUUGAAUGACACCUGUGCCAGCUACAGAAAGGAUCUAGACAUCCUAGAAGAGCAAUUAAGGCAAUUAAAAGAAGAGAACCAUAGCACAAAAGAAGAAAUUAAGACUCUAGAGGCAAAAAACACCAAAAUGGUAACCACGUUGACUCAGUCUGAUCAGAAGAUUGUUGAGCUUGAGAGCAAACUUAAUGAAAAAGAAAUAGUAGUGAAAGAGAAAAAUGCUCUAGUAAGUGAAAAUGCAGAGUUAAGAGCUCUUACCGCACAGCAACAGAACCACUUGAAAUUAUGCCAUCAAGAAAUUGAAGACUCAAGAGAAGAGCUCAGCGUACUAGAAACCAUUAUUUCCCAGUUGUGUCUAAGUACAUCUGAAGAGUUUAAUUGGCAUGACUUGAAACACCAGCUAUCUCGUUCCUCAGCAAAAGAAGCUCUCUCUGAACCUUGUUGUGAAUUGAAUAAACAUUUGAUUGCAGAUCUAAGUAGCAUUAAACCAGCAAUGAAAGAAACAGAAAUUGUAAAGCUUUCUCCAAACUUAUCUAUCUGUACUGGAGCUGAACAUCUUUCCAAUGAUAAUGAAAGACAAGAAAAUCACAGAUUAUGUGGCCUGGAAACAGAGCCUGUCAAAUUGAUCAGAAGUCAAGAAGAGAGGAGAAAGUGUCUACAGUUGGAACUUGUCAGCAAAAAAUUUGAAAAGGAGAGGCAAAGAUUCCAGAAAGAGUUGAGAGAGUUACGUGCUAAGCUGACAAAAGCAGAUGAUGAGAAAUUUUCUUUGAAGACAAGCAUGGCUCAGAGAACCAGUCAGUUUCAAAUCAUACAGGAAGACCUACUGAAGAAAGCUUCUAAAACUGAUAGCUUAGAGAAAGAAAUAACAAAGAAAUCUUCUCAAAUUUCUGCACUUGAGAAACAGUUGGAAGAAAACACUGUUGCUUAUUCUGCUGCAGCAGCAAGAAAUUCUGAGUUGGAAGAGGAAGUCAUGGAAAGAAGCAGGCACAUUCAUGAGUUGGAAACAACUAUCCGUGAAGAACGUGAGCAAAUAACUUCUGCUCUUGAGAAAGCAAAAUUGGUUCACCUUCAGCAGCACCAAGAGAUGGAGAAACAGAUGGAACUACUUCAGACAGAGCUGGAGAAGAAACAUCAACAAUUCACUGAACAAGAGAAAAUAAUAUCUGUUUUGCAACAAGACGUUAUACGUAAACAGCAUCAUAUUGACUCAUUAGAUAGACUGCUGAUAGAGAGCAGAGAGGAAAUGGAAAAUCAGAAUGUCAAGAAAGAUCAAGGAUUGAAGAUGCUGAAAAGUCAGUUAACAGAAGAAACAAUGAAAGUGAGACAACUUCAGUCAGCACUAAAUGUGUGUAAGGAAGAAGUUGCACUCUAUUUGAAUCAGUCAGAAGAAAAUAAGGAGAUAUUUGAAAAUCAGCUCAAGAAAAAGUCUGAAGAGGUUUGUUAUUUACAGAAAGAAAUACAGAUAAAAGAUCAGAAUAUUCAGCAUACAAGUGAACAAAACAUUCUCCUGCAACAGACUUUGCAACAUCACCAGCAAAUGUUGCAGCAAGAAACUAUUAGAAAUGAGGAGUUGGAAGAUAAUCAAAUUAAACUUGAAAAACAGGUAUCCAGUUUGGAGCAGGAGCUUCAGAAGCAGAAAGCACACGCUGAAGAUGAGUUGAGAAAAGUAGUGGUGAAAUUUCGCCUAGCUGCUCAGGAAGCAGAUUUAAACAGGGAGAAGGUGGAUGAGCUCAAUAGUACAAUCAGACAAAUUAAAUUGGAGAUGGAACAGUGCAAGAAUGAACUUACUGGUAUGGAAAAAGAAGUACUGCAGUUAAAACGGGAUGGUGAAGACAAAGCAAUGCAGAUAAAUCAGUUGGAUAUUACUUUGCAAGAAGCACAAUCAAAGCUCAAUGAAAAGACAAAUGAGGCAAAUUGUUUAGAAGAUAAGCUGCUUCACAGUGAGACUUGCCACAAGGAAGCCAUACAGAAAAUAGAAGAUCUAGAAUCUGCAUUACAGAAUGCCCACAGAGAAUUAAAAGUCACUUUAACACGGCUUCAGGAAUUGCAAGGUGCAUUACAGAACGCAGAGUCCUCUCUGGAGGAGAAGCGUGUUGCUAUCAUGGAUCUAACAAGUGAGCUCAGGUAUUGCAAGGGAGAAAUUGAAGGCAAAACCCAAGAACUCCUUGACCUGGACCAAGCAUUGAAAGAACGGAAUUGGGAAUUGAAACAAAGAGCAGCUCAGAUUACACAGUUGGAUAUGACAGUUCAUAAACAUAGGGGAGAAAUGGAACAACAGAUAAUCCGCUUGGAGUGCAAUUUAGAGAAGUCAGAGUUAGAAAUUAAGGAAUGCAAUAAAAAGAUUGAGAGCUUAGAGAAGAAACUCCAGAGUUCUAAAGAUGAGCUUCGUCAAAAAGAGUUUGAAUUGCUCCAGCGAGAUCAAGAAAUAAAUCAGCUGAAGAAAAAGAUUGAAAGAAAACUGAUCCUAGAAGCUCUUGAAAAGGUAACUGUGUUGUAUAUCCUGGUGUAGGCUGAAUCUUGAUGCCCUAAAGGUAAACCAGUUUAAUGAUUUAAGAAUUAGAAAUGUAAUGGCACAGUCUUAUUUGUCUGCUUAGUGGAGAAAUGUGAAUAGGUAAUAACACAUUGCAGACUGACUGACCUAUGUUCUGCAGAAGCUUGUGUCCUGGUCCUAAAAACUUGGUUAUCUAAUCUGCCUGGGAAAGAAGGGGUGGUAUUGUUUGUAUGUGCUUGGUUUUAACUGGGACUAUAGUGUCAUUGUUUUUCCCCUUGAUAUACUAACUUCUUUGCUUGUUACAAGAAAUACUUGUUAGCUAGAGUUAAUUUCUGUCCUGGCCCAUUCUGCUCUUUUGGGACUCUUGAAAUAACUAGAUCACAGGUUUUUUUCAGUGGAAUUGUUCUUUGUUCCUAUUCUAUUUUAAUCUGUAGUGAAGAUCUUGUAACAGAGUGCACAAGUGUGUAACAAUACAACCUUUAGAAGUUAUAAGUAUUCCAAAUAAAGGAACUCAAAGCAUCUUACUUUAA